AUGGCACCUGUAAAGACGCCAUUGAGACUUGCCGGGCCUACAAAUAUCUUCCGGAUCAGUCCUCGUGUCCCGGUCCUCCCCGCCGCUAUCACCGCCCGCUCAGCGACCACCGACUCCGCCGCCGCACGGAGACGAGCAGUGACCGUCGCCAACGACACUGGCCGCGUACCAUGGCAGCAACUCAGCUUUGGCGAGAAAGCGGCUCGUACGACACAGCAGUCUUUCAACUUCGGCCUCAUCCUCCUGGGCGUGGUAGCAACUGGCGGUGUCGCGACGGUGCUAUGGCUUGAAGUCUUCUCUACGGACAGCAAGACCGCCGUCUUCAACCGCGCCGCCGACCGCAUACGCAAAGACCCUACAUCUCUCGAGCUCCUGGCUGGCGAGGGUCUACACAGCAAGCGCGAGAUCAGCGCACACGGCGAGCCAAGCUGGAGUCGCUGGGCGAGGAACCGAACGAUUGCUUCGAGGUUGGAGAAGGACAGGGCUGGGGUGGAGCAUCUACACAUGCACUUCUACGUGGAAGGACCAGUUGCCAACGGGACGGUGAAUCUACAUAUGCAGAAGCAGCCGGGGCAGAAGGAGUUUGAGUACUACAUGCUGGCGUUGGACGUGCCGGGCAAACAGAGGCACUACCUUGAAGACCCGAACAAAAAGAAGAUGGAUCAAAGAGGACAGGGAAGGAUGUUCGGGGUGAGGUGGAACUGA